GCCGCGUGAAGGGAGCGCGGCGCUCUAGCUCAGCGGACCGCCGGCAGGACGGCGGCGGUUGUUGCGCCCGGUACUGGGGUUGCGGCCUGAGGCGCAGGCGCCGUGGACUCAGCCCGCGUCAGGGUGAGGCUCGCUGUGGACUCGCCAUGGCGACGGAGCAGAGGCCUUUCCACCUGGUGGUGUUCGGCGCGUCUGGCUUCACAGGCCAGUUCGUGACAGAGGAGGUGGCCCGGGAGCAGGCGGCCGGGGAGCUCAGCCCCGGUCUGCCCUGGGCCGUGGCGGGCCGCUCCAGGGAGAAGCUGCAACAAGUGCUGGAGAAGGCUGCCCAGAAGCUGGGAAGACCAACACUAUCAUCUGAGGUCGGAAUAAUAAUUUGUGAUAUCAGUAAUCCAGCCUCACUUGAUGAAAUGGCUACAAAGACGACACUUGUCCUCAACUGCGUAGGACCUUAUCGAUUUUAUGGAGAACCUAUAGUAAAAGCAUGUAUUGAAAAUGGAACAAGCUACAUUGACAUCUGUGGGGAGCCUCAGUUUCUGGAGCUAAUGCAGGCAAAGUAUCAUGAGAAAGCUGCAGAAAAAGGGGUUUAUAUCAUUGGAAGCAGUGGCUUUGACUCCAUUCCAGCAGACCUGGGAGUGAUCUAUACCAGAAAUAAAAUGAACGGUACUUUGACUGCUGUGGAAAGUUUCCUGACUAUUCAUUCAGGACCUGAGGGGUUGUGUAUUCAUGAUGGUACCUGGAAGUCAGCAAUUUGUGGUUUUGGAGAUAAGAGUAGUUUGAGAAAACUACGAAGUGCAUCAUGUCUGAAACCUGUCCCAAUUGUUGGUUCAAAGUUGAAAAGAAGGUGGCCAGUUUCUUAUUGUAGAGAACUCAGCACAUAUUCCAUUCCUUUCUUGGGAUCUGAUACAUCUGUUGUGAAGCGGACUCAGCGUUACUUACAUGAAAACUUAGAGGAAUCACCAGUUCAGUAUGCUGCUUAUGUAACUGUGGGAGGCAUCACUUCAGUUAUUAAGCUGAUGUUUGCGGGACUUUUCUUUUUAGUCUUUGUGAAGUUUAGCAUUGGAAGGCAACUUCUUGUAAAAUUCCCAUGGCUCUUUUCCUUUGGUUAUUUUUCAAAACAAGGUCCGACACAAAAACAGAUGGAUGGCACAUCAUUUACAAUGACAUUCUUCGGUCAAGGAUACAGCCAGGGCUUUAGUACUGAUAAGAACAAACCAAAUAUCAAAAUUUGUACUCAAGUGAAGGGGCCAGAAGCUGGCUACGUGGCUACCUCCAUAGCCAUGGUUCAGGCUGCUAUGACUCUUCUAAAUGAUGCUUCUCACCUUCCUAAGGGGGGUGGUGUCUUCACACCUGGAGCAGCUUUCUCCAGAACAAAGUUGAUUGACAGACUCAACCAACAUGGUAUCGAGUUUAGUGUCAUCAGCAGCUCUGAAGUCUAAACAUUUGAAGAAUUAACUGAAUCAUAAAAUGCAUGAAUUAACAGCUUCUGUAUUUGAUACGUGAAAUUCUUCUAAAGCCUAUCUGACUAUAUGUGGAAAAGAUUGUGAAAUCUAAAAUACAUUAAAAGGAGGAAAUUGAAGUCUACUAGUUUAUCCUGAACUUCAUAUCUCAGCUGUGUUUACAAUUUUAUUGCUUGUGAGAGAAAACUGAUAUUCUCCUUACUUUUUCAUUGACGUGUUCCUGGUAAAUUUUGAUGAGCUCGAAGGUCAGAUGGUGGAGGAGGGGGUCCCUGUCUGUGUUGCAAACAGCAUUCCUUAGUAAGGGGGUUUGGCCAGCAUUAGGCUAAUGCAGUAACUUCUGCCUUCCUUGCUGUGGUGGUGUGGAAUCUCACCCUCUAGUAAGUUUCUCUACAUAGUGUGUGAGCAUUUGCUAAGUGACAUUGUACUUUAAAAAAAAAUUAGCACAAAAUUUAGUAGAUUUCUUAUCCAUCUACAUGGACUGAUUUUGGAUUGUUUACCUAAGUUGAAUAAUAAAGGGUUAUCAAUUGAAUAAUUC